AUGGCGCUGCGGGGCUGGGCCAACCGGUGGCGGCGGCGGCGGCGGGGGCGGCGGCGGCGGCGAGCGCGCGACGGCGGCGGCGGGGAGCGCGCGCGGCGCCCCAUUCAUGAGCCACAGAACCCCGGGAAAGCGGAACCGGUGCCCGGGAACGAGGCGCCGGUGCCGCCGUUAUGGAAACAUCGGGGCAUCAUCUUCACGACUCGGGCGUGGGCGAUUUGGAGGAAGACGCUCGCUGCCCGUGCCCGUUACCGGGGGAUGAACGGGCACCGGCGCCGCCGCCUCCCGCCGCGCUGCCGCCGCUCCAGCACAGCCUGUUGCACUCCUCGCCCGGGUCGCUCCGGGCCCCUCCUCCUCCUCCCGCCGCCCCCGCCGCCCUCCACCCUUCCUCCCGCCACGGCAGCCAGCUCAACCUCGGCGACCACCCGGCGGGCUCGGGACCGGCGAGCGGCAAACACCGGCAGCCGAGCCCCCUGGUGCACCGGCGGGACAGCAACCCCUUCACCGAGAUCGCCAUGAGCUCCUGCAAGUACAGCGGGGGGGUGAUGAAGCCCCUGAGCCGGCUCAGCGCAUCCCGGCGGAACCUCAUCGAGGCCGAACCGGAGGCGCAGCCCUUGCAGCUCUUCGGUACCGGCGGACCCCCCGAGAUCGUCGUCUCGCGCGAGGACAACCACGCGCCCGCCGCCCACCGGCCCGAGCGCCCGCCCGCCCGCGCGGCCCCCGCCGCCUUCGCCAAGGGGCCCAAGCGCAAGGCGCAGAACAUCGGGUACCGGCUGGGGCACCGGCGGGCGCUGUUCGAGAAGAGGAAGCGGCUCAGCGACUACGCGCUCAUCUUCGGCAUGUUCGGCAUCGUCGUCAUGGUCAUCGAGACCGAGCUCUCCUGGGGGCUCUACUCCAAGGACUCCAUGUUCUCCCUGGCCCUGAAAUGCCUUAUCAGCCUCUCCACCGUCAUCCUGCUGGGGCUCAUCAUCGCCUACCACACGCGGGAGGUGCAGCUCUUUGUGAUCGACAACGGAGCCGACGACUGGCGGAUAGCGAUGACGUACGAGCGCAUCCUCUACAUCAGCCUGGAGAUGCUGGUUUGUGCCAUCCACCCCAUCCCCGGGGAGUACAAAUUUUUCUGGACAGCCCGCCUGGCUUUCUCCUACACGCCUUCUCGGGCCGAGGCGGACGUGGACAUCAUCCUGUCCAUCCCCAUGUUCCUGCGCCUCUACCUGAUCGCUCGGGUGAUGCUGCUGCACAGCAAGCUCUUCACCGACGCCUCCUCCCGCAGCAUCGGGGCGCUCAACAAGAUCAACUUCAACACCCGCUUCGUCAUGAAGACGCUCAUGACCAUCUGCCCCGGGACGGUGCUGCUGGUCUUCAGCAUCUCGCUCUGGAUCAUCGCGGCGUGGACGGUGCGGGUGUGCGAGAGGUACCAUGACCAGCAGGACGUCACCAGCAACUUCCUGGGCGCCAUGUGGCUCAUCUCCAUCACCUUCCUCUCCAUCGGCUACGGCGACAUGGUCCCGCACACCUACUGUGGGAAGGGGGUCUGCCUGCUCACUGGCAUCAUGGUAACGGCCGCGCCGCGCCGCUCACCCGUCCCCGCCGUGGCGUCAGGGCCACCGAAUUAUCCGGGGACAAGCUUCUUGGGCCGGCUUGUCCGUGCACAAGGCGUCAAAGCUGGUGCUGGUUGCACCGCACUGGUGGUGGCCGUGGUGGCGCGGAAGCUGGAACUCACCAAAGCUGAGAAGCACGUCCACAACUUCAUGAUGGACACGCAGCUCACCAAGCGGAUCAAGAAUGCGGCCGCCAACGUCCUGCGGGAAACGUGGCUCAUCUACAAGCACACAAAACUGCUGAAGAAGAUCGACCACGCCAAAGUCAGGAAGCACCAGAGGAAAUUCCUCCAAGCCAUUCACCAGUUGCGGAGUGUGAAGAUGGAGCAGAGGAAGCUGAGCGACCAAGCGAACACCCUGGUCGACCUGUCAAAGAUGCAGAACGUGAUGUACGACCUCAUCACCGAGCUCAACGACCGCAGCGAGGACCUGGAGAAACAACUGGGCAGCCUGGAAUCCAAACUGGAGCAGCUCAGCGCCACCUUCAACUCCCUGCCGCUGCUGAUGGCCGACAUGCUGCGCCAGCAGCACCAGCGCCUGCUCGCCGCCGUCCUGGAGACACGGGGGGUUGCGGUGCCACUGGGCACCCCCCAAACGCCACUCUCCGAGAGCCCCAUCGGCGUCAGCUCCACCUCCUUCCCGACCCCGUACACGAGCUCGAGCAGCUGCUAAAACAUCCCCCCGGGGAGCGUUUCCGCGCAGGUCCCGAGGUCUCCGUGGAUGUUUUUGGUUGGUUUUUCUUUUUGGCUUUUCUUCUGGUCCUCGGAGCCGGUGGGGCCGGAGCUUUGCCAACGCCUUUGGGAUCGGGAAUCGCAUCCCCGCGCCCUCCGCCGUUCAGGUGCCUCUAGACGUGGUGACGGAAGGGGACGGGAGGGGACGCCGCCGGCGUCCGUGUCGCCCCACGCACAAUCUCAGGUCUUCACAUUUGAAAAACAAACAAAACAAACCACACAAAACCAACAAAGUCAGAAGCACUGAAGCAAAGAAGCAGAGGGACGGGUGUCCCCCCCCCCUGCGUGGACACCCCCGGGCACUCCCAGUGUCACUGUCACCAUCGCGGUGUCACCGACACGGUGGCUUCUGGCACAGGCUCCAUCAGUGGGACCUCUGCGAACCCCAACUUGUAUUGGCCGUGACCCGCCUGGGGGGGGUUCCCCAGAGCCAUGAGUGUUUUAUUUCUGCUCCUCGGUGUCGCAUUCUGCCUGGUGCCAUGUGCCGGAGCCGGGACCGCAGUGCCUAACGCGCGGGGGGGCCGCGCCGGCGAUGGUGAGGAGGGGCUGGCAGGCCAGCCCCAGCACCGGGGGGGUCCCCAGGUGCUCAUGUCGCCACGUUUUGGGAUCCCAUGGGUUCUUUGCUACCGGAUGAAAAACCCCGUCGGCGCUUGAACCCAACCGGCAGUGCCGAACGCACCGGGGCCACGGGGGGGUCGCUGGUAAGGGGUGGCGUAGCGGGGGCAGGUGCUUCAUCUGGUUAAAACCAAGCCUGUCGCCGCCGUGCCGCGUGGGGGUCGCAGCACCGUGCCGCGCCGGCGCUCUGCCCCUGUUGCUUAGAUUUUCUUUCUUAUUUUUAGUUCUUUGCCGGUUCAGCUUCCUGAGGUUCCCUUGGGCACCACCUGGUUAUUUCUGGAACUGGCCAUUUUCUGUUCUUGCUUUCACCAUUUCCUCCUUAUUUUCCUCCCCAGUUCUGCCCCGGGGUCGCGUUCGGGCUCCGGCUUUGGGGCUGGUGUUUGCUGCUUUCAAUGAAAACUCAGCAGAGGCUAUUUAUAUAUUUUUUAAACAGAUGAAGCAACCGUGUAAUUACUCCGCGAUAUUAAUUACACCUCGCCCGGCAGUGUCAGUAAUUGUAAUCAAAGUCACUGUGCUACUCCAGGUACACCCAGCCUGCAAUUUCCUCCUUCGUAACUCUUUGCCCUUCCAUAAAUAACGCCAGAUUUGGUGCGCAUGUCGGCGGGGCCGGAGGAAUUGCUGGCUGAAAGCUCCACUUGCUGCCGGUGGUAGGUGGGUUUUUAUUCCUUGUGCCCUGCAAUUAACGUUACGGAGAGAACAAGCGGGAGGUAGCGAGGAGCGUUAUCCCCUGGCGAGGAGGAGGAGGAGGAGGAGGAAGGCUGCUGCGAAACGAGCUUGCAGUUGCGUUGAGCCCCUUGGUCGCGGUUGUUCCCGUUGUGUUCGUCGGGUCCUCGGCCGCUCGGUUUGUGGGGACGAGCAGCUUGUCCCUUCUUCCCAUCUUGUGUCAUCGGUGCCACCACAGCGUGGGGGGAGCCUGGGCAGCCCCCCCAGGUCUGUUCUGUGCACCUACAUGUGCCCUUCAGCUCCCCGGCAGGAGAAGCUUCUGCCCGGCUCUGUAAGGAGAUUCUGGCCUGGCAAUGGAGAAAAAGGUGUGAGUUCUGAGAAGGAGCCUGAAAUGCGGCAUUUCCAGCAGCCUGCAGGGAAAACGACUGUUCCUGGGGUUCAGACAGGAGCGAAGGCCACGCGCGACGGGGCUGGGGUGUCAGAGGUGGAUCCCGGGGUGUCAGAGGUGGAUCCCGGGGUGUCAGAGGUGGAUCCCGGGGUGUCAGGGAGCCGGAGGAAUGAUCGACACUCGAGAACCGGUAUCGCCAGUGAGAAAAUGCUUACGGGCCAAAGUUUGGGAAACCUGAGGGUGUGAGACAGGAGCGGGCGCUGGAGCGAAGCGCCGGUUCCAGGAGCUACGGUGCCGCGGCCGGUGCGGGGGAUGCUGGGCCUGGGGGAAUGCUGGGAUCUCUGCACCCUCAUCUCCCCCAUCCUGCACCCUGCGUCCUGUGCACCCCUGUACCCCUUAUCUGUCACCCUGCACCUCACGUCCUUCCUCCUGCAUCCCCAUCCUGCACCCCAUGUCCUGCACACCCCUGGGCCACCAUCUCACACCGAGCAUCCCUCAGACCCUGGACUCCCAUCGCACACCCCUACACCCCACAUCACCCACCCCCUCCACCCGUCACCCUGAGCACCGGGCUCACCGCACCUCCUGAGUCCAGCACCGGACUGACCCCCCGGCCCCGCUGCCGGGAGCUGCUCCGGUCCAGCCUGUGGCAGCCCCGGUACCGGGGGGCUGUGGGCCCAGGGGUGUCCCCCUAGAGCCACCGCCGUGUCCCCACCAGUGGAUGAGCAGCCCCGGUCCAGGUGUCCCCCCCGUAUUGUGCCCCGGGCAUCGGUAGCUUGAGCUGGAGCUUCCCCAUAACAGCUCCGGUAACAGCUCCGGUAACUGCUCCCCAGCCGCUGCUCACACCUGAGAGUGUCAUUUUGGAGCCCGCGUCCCCAAAGGGACAAAAGGGACCAGAAGAGCCGGGACCAACCACCGCGGCGGAGGAAAAGCACAAGAACAAAACCCGUGACGCUGAGUUCUCAUCCCAAAGAGAAGCACCCGACCCCCCCGCGCCAACGAGGCCGAACCCCAAAGCCCCCCAGGACCCACCCAGCCUCAUUUUCCACACAACCCUGGGGGGUUUUUGGGUUAUUUUUUGUUGUUUUUCUCCACGAACCUCGUCCCUGCGCCGCCUGUGAGGAAACGUCCCAGGAACCCCCCGGCCUCUCUGCAAACUCGCAGCCGUUUGUGUCCGGACUGAAGGAGCUUCGACUUGGGUUUGCGUCUCCGCCUCUGUACCGCUCGCUUCUUUUUUUAACGAACAAUAGGGGAAAGCAUAAUAGUUUAUUUUAACUAUGAAAUAUAUUGCUAUAUUAUAAAGGUUAUUGUAACUUUCAAUUAUGGUUUUGUACCCGACCCGCAGCGACGCCAGCCUGCUGCCAAAUAAUGUCUUGUUUCUGAGUACAGCCGCUGCUCCUGGGGGGGGAUGGAGGCAGAACCCCAAAAAUGCUCCCCAAACUCCUCAUCCUUCCCCCUGCACCCCCUGUUAAUUCCUUCUUUUUAGCAGGGACCCGCACGCCCCAAUGGCACCGGAGUUUUGGAAAUAUCUGCCCACCCCACACACUUUUCCCCCCGAGGUCUCAGCACCUUUUGGAAAAGCCAUUUGCCCCCGGCUCCCCAGCCCAGGGAGAGACUCAGCCCCCCAGCACAAGAGCCAAAAUUCCCUUGUUCCCCCCCCCGGGAUGGUGGAACAAACAGCCCCGUCCUGCUCUCCCAGCACAAAAAGCUCCGAGGGAGCGCGGCCGCUGUGCCGGGGGGGCUGAUUUUGGCUUUAAAUCCCUACCCUGGGGAGGUUUCGCUCCCUUGGGCCUCAGGUUCCGAUGAUGCUGAUGCAGGAGGACGAAGCCGCGAGCGCGGCAGAGAAUCGCGCUGAGCUUGCGGGGGCUCAACCUUCCGCACCAUCGACUCUGUGAGCAUCUCGUCCUCACCCGGCUGGACCCGAGCCCCGUUCAGCCAAAAUCUGCAGGCGAGUAAGGAUUGAAAUGUUCUUUUUGCAGCCCUCCCGCUCCUUCCCGGCCGAUGUGACCGUGUCUGGGAACGAGCGGUGCCCGCGGCACAAAUUCCCGCUGCUUUUGUGUUGAAAAACCCUAAAAAACCCCCACGCCGGCUCGUUCCCGCCGGAGCCGCAAUCACUGCCGUGCUGUCACUGUCACCGUUAAACCCAGUAGGGUCCAGUCCCUGCACCAGUGACCUCCUAGACCUGAAAUCCCCCAGCAGAGACCAAACUGGGGCUGCCUGGAGUUAGACCCGGCUGGGGGUGCUCCUGCCCCACACAUUUGUCCCCCCAUUUAUGGGGUGAUUGUUGGUGGCAGCUGCUCCUUGCUGGGAUGCGACUGGGGGGGUUAUAGCUCUGCCAGAGGAGAGGGGCUGGUUCCCCCAGGGAUUUUUUAGGGUGCUUGGUCCCCCCACCCCUCUCUCCUUUGGGUUUCUCCUCCCCACCAACUCAGACCCCUGUGGUUGUUUUUUUUGGGGGGGAAAGGUGAUUUUUCAGCAGCUUGAGGAGGGGACGCUGCUGCAAGGCUCCCAGCUUCUCUAAGAGAUCUCGGGGUGACGGAAAGGGGUUUUUGCAAGGAAAAGCUGCUCAUGGGAUUAAGUCAUUUUUGGGUGCUCCGUGCGCCCCGUUCUGCUCCUUUUUCCACCCCAAGUGUUCUUCCCCCCGCCCCAAUGUGCCGCGGGACCCCCCGGCGGGAGCCGCUCGCCCGUCUCCGUGGCCAGGACCCGGCCCUGGGCUUCCAUCCCUGGUCCUGGCGGGGGCCGGGGCGGGGGCCGUCCCGUCCCCGCGGCGUUGCCAUAAACCCGAGCUGUACCCAGAAACAGGCGCGUUUUAAACUAUGGCUUUAACCUGUUCACUGUAAAAAGUGCCUUGGACUUUAAUCUGAAGAGGUCAGUAUCUAUAAAUAUUUACCUGUGCGGGUGUGUAAGUAUGCAGCUCUGGAUGUGUAGUUACACACACAAAUAUAUGAUAUAUACGGACAUCUAGAAGUGCUUCUGAGCCCUCUGUUCCUCACGGGAAGCGGUUUCGUGCCUUUCGGGGUCCGGCUGGGUGGUUUGGGGGGCGCUUCGGAAAACCACGCGGGCUCGUUGCUGCUUGUUGGGAGUCCGAUUGAAACUACAACGCCAAGGUAAACACCUAAUGUCACAUAUUACACUUUGGAGACAUGAACAGGCUCUGUAGUUUGGUUUAUAUUGGCUAUAAAUUAGUCUGAUAGGCUAUAAAAGCAGAAAUACAUAAACACCGGAUAACGCUCUGGACGAAGUAGCACGUUUGCCUUUAUAGAUUAAAUGCAAUAUAAGAAUUAAUCUGAGUAAUAUUUUUCAAAACUAGAUUUUUUCACAUUUUUCAGGUCUUUGUGUGUCGAAGACGUUCAUUGUGGGGACAUAUAAAUAAUUGAGGGAAUGAACCCUAAUGAAAACUGGUGUUCUAAUGCUUACAUUUCUAAAGAGCAUUUUGACAUCUCAGCGUGUACAUUUAGUUGAUGAUUUGGGCCGAACAACUAAUUAAGUUUCGAAUUCAGUUUAAUAUCCACGAGUUAAUAUUUUGAAUGAAGCUAAAAAUAUGUCUUUUUUUCGCAUUCUCAUAAAAUUAAA